AAAUAUCAUAAAAACAAGAAGAAGAGAAGAGAGUCUUCCAAUGUCACUAACAAUGUGCUCUUCAUUCAUGUGAAAAUAUGUUGGAAUUUUGUUGCUUUUGUUCGAAUUUAUUAUUCGCCGAAGAAAAUUUGCAAGGGAACGUUCAGUUCACUUGCAAGUUAUGUCCUAUUUACUUUCGUGUGAAAAAGCUUAAACUGCACAAGAAUUACUCUGAACUCAAGAAAAUUGAUGAUAUCUUAGGAGGUGAAGAAGCUUGGAAAAACGUCGAUUCAACGGAAGAACGUUGUCCAAAGUGCAGUCACGAUCGAGCAUAUUUCCUGCAGAUGCAAACAAGAUCAGCUGAUGAACCUAUGACCACAUUUUAUCGUUGCUGUAACCCAGAGUGUAAUCAUUAUUGGCGAGACUGAUUCGAUCAAAUGCUUUUGAAGUUGAAAACAUUGCUUGGUUCUACAGGUAGAUUAUCAAAGAUGGCAUACUUCGAAUCUUCUCCGACAACUGCUCAUAUUUCCAUAACAGAUUCCACAGUUGAACUGACAGCCGUGAAUUAUCUUAAGUCUGGAUCUGUCAUAGCCGUACCAACAGAUACAGUUUAUGGAUUGGCCUGUGAUGC